AAGAAGAAGAACCACAGGAGGCGGCGGCAGAAGAGGAAGCAGCAGAAGAAGAAGAAAAAAAAGAAGAUGACGAUGGUGAGGACGAUGAAGAUAAAGAUUAGCCCCACUUGAACUUCACAGUUGGCGGCGAGGAAAUACAGAUCGUUGAUUAUUUGUAGACAACUUUAACUGAUCGACGUUCAGAAACCCGUACACAGGGCCAGGCCUUGUUUACGGAAGCUCCUGAUUUGUUGUAACAUUCAGCAAACCCUCCUACCAGGGUUAUUUCCGCUUAUCAGAGACGUCUGCCUGAAACCAAUGAAGUUACAUAUUUUCGAUGAUAUCUCAGUAAGCUUAUGAAGCUGAAGAACUGACCUUAUCUAUAUGGCUUCUUCAAAUCAGUCUGCAAAACAAUAUCUCAAAGAUGCUGUUGAAAACCUGGUUGGACAACUAAAAAACCUACCUCUUAUUUUUGAAAAACUUCAGCAACGGAAAAUUUUCAGUGACAAUGAAAUUAAUCAAAUUGAGACAGAAACAACAAGUUUCAACAAAACCAGGAAGAUACUGGACUUUGUCUUAAACAAGGGUGAGGAGGCCUGCUAUCAGUUUCUCAGAAUACUGGACCAUGAGAGGAAAUCUGUUCUGCCAAUUCCAAAUUUAUCUAGUCAGGCUCCAGAUUUACAUACAUGGAUCUGCAUGUUUUCUUUUAGAGAUGAGGCUGAAGAUAAUAAUCAAGGACCUAUCUCAUGUCAUCAGCUGCAACAUUUUAUGAAGAAAAUUCAAGUCAUAUUCUUGCUGAACACUGGAAGCAAAACCUGCAGUUGUAUGGAGAAAACAUACAAGAAAAUGUCACCUUUAUUCCUUUAGUGUUGGAUACAAACACAGAAAAGAAUACACCAUAUAACAAAUUCAAAAUUAAGAGCAAGAAAUCUAAAAAGACUCGUUCAAAAAAGAUGAAGGCCUACAUACCAAGGGACACACAGGGGAAAUCCUCUGAAGAUUUGCUUAAUAGCAGGGAGAAAAAUAUCCUAAUAGUAGGAAAACCUGGAAUUGGGAAGACAACAGUUGUUAAACAAAUGUUGCAUCAUUGGGCAGAGAGAAACGACAGAACCCUUGACUUCAUGUUUUACUUUGAUGAAAACACACUGUCAAACACCUCAGCUGCAGUUACCUUAGAAGAACUUCUGCUAAGCACAUUUUUCAGGUCAAACCCACAGAUGAAAAAAAAUGCUGAAGAAAUUAUGCAAUAUCUUCAAGAAUAUUCUGAAAGGGUCACCAUUGUUUUUGAUGGAAUCAAUGGAGAUUUUCUGAACAACACAGUUUUCCUGAAGAUCAUGGAAAAUGAACUUCUGCCUGAAGCAAAGAUUGUGGCAACAUGCAGGUCUGAUGUAGAAAAUGAAUUCUCUGACUGGCCAACAUGCACAAUCUACGUUCAAGGUUUCAGUGAAGAGUCAAUUUAUGAUUUUUUUAACAAAAUGACUGAUGAUCCAGACUUAGUAGACAGUGUGAUAAACAAUCCUGCACUUUUCAGUCUCUGCCAUAUUCCUAUGUAUGCAUUUAUGGUGGCAGCCUGCACUUUAAACAACACUUCUAAAGAAACACAGACACCAUGCACUGCUAAUGAGAUGUACAUGUGGAUUUUUAAUUAUAGUCUAAAGAAAUUGCAGGGAUUAGGUGGAUACAAUAAAACUACAGGGAUAUGGUUUUAUCUCUAGCUGAGAGUGCUUUCAAUGCUACCAAAUUAAAAACUUUUAACCUGGAGUUUGAUUAUGAAGAAAAUGACAUUGCUCAUACCUUCUUGAAGACUGCUUCAGAUGUGUCCCCAGCAUUUGAUAGGCACUUUUGUGCAUUUCCUCACAACACAAUGCAGGAAUUUUUUCUGCUCUGUGGCUUCUAGAAAAAACAGAAAUAAUUGACGAGGUACUUCAGCUGUGUCAGAAUGAAGAAACUCAGCACAUGAAAUAUGUAAUUCCUUUUCUGUGUGGACUACAUGGAAAUCGUGGAAUCGUGGAUUCAUGGAAAAGCAUUCCCCAUCUGGAGGGUCUCUUUUCAUUGAACAAAGUCAAGGAAAAUACCAAUGCUUUCUUUGAGAAGGUCUUAAACACUUUCUUCUGUGAUCAGCCAGAUGACCAUGACAUUGCCUUUAUUUGCCAGUGUCUGUAUGAAUUUCAGUCACCUGAAUUCUGCUGCUCCUUUCUGGAGAAAAUAGACUAUUGUCUUGAUUUUACUGAGGAACAUCUUGACCCUUACACAUGCUGUACAGUGUCCUAUGUAAUCAGCAACUCCAGGAGCAAACAGGUUCAUCUUAAUUUGGAGAAAAGUGCAGUGUCCCUGUCUGGGCUGAAGACAAUUCUCAAAUAUUCACAAUAUCUAAGGGAUUUUUCAACGACACUAUGUCAGGUUUGGACAAUGGCCUUAAAGUAUGAGAAGAUGGUUUAUCUUAUACAUCUCUUUCAGUUAUGUGGAAAUGAGAUUCACAUACUAAUGAGCAGCCCUACAGAUGUCCUUGAGCAAGUUGGAAAAAUUAUAACCCAAAAUUCAGAGAAAAGAAAUCUACAUUUACACUUUGACCAAGACCCACGACAGCUCACAGAUCUUGUUUACAAAGUGUUCUCCUGGCUACCACACAUCAGCGCUCUCCACUUCAACCCUGUACAUGGAAUUAAAGAACAUAAAAAGAGAUGCAGAAUAUUUCAACUGGAUUUGUGUUUACAAGCAGCUCUACAACAACCACAAAACAUCCAGGUCACAGUGCAGAGAAUUAUGCCAAAUAAAGAAGAACAGAGUGAUUUCCUGCUGGAUCUGUACUCCCAUGUGAAGCAGUAUGAGAGUAAAACAGGCAGCAGUGUUCUUCCAGCAUUGCUGCCAGUUUAUCAGUCAGUUCCUGAUGUCUGGUCCAUAAAUCUCUCAGAGAGAAAAGUCUCUCACCUCUGGGAAGUGCUGAAACUCCAAACACAGAUGAAACCAGUGGAGCUGAGAGACUGCACAGAAGAUGAGAGUGAAGUGUGGAGUUUCCUUUGGUGUCUGCCCUACAUCUCACAGCUCAGGUUUGAGUCUAAACAUGGAACAGAGGAACAAAACAAGAGACUGAGAAAAUUUACACUGGACUUGUGUCUGCAAGCAGCUUUACACCAACCACAAAACAUCUGGGAGAUAGUGCAGAAAGUGAUAGCAUAUGAUGAUGAAAAAGAGAGUGAUUUGCUGCUGGAUCUGUUCUUCCAUGUGAAGCAGUAUGAGAGUAAAACAGGCAGCAGUGUUCUUCCAGCAUUACUACCAGUUUAUCAGUCAGUUUCAUACUGGUUCAUAAAUCUCUCAGAGAGAAAAGUUUCCCUCCUCCUAGAAGUGUUAAAACUCCAAACACAGAAGAAAGAAGUGGAGCUGAGAGACUGUACAGGUGAAGAGAGUGAAGUGAGGAGUUUUCUUCAGUGUCUGCCCUACAUCUCACAGCUCAGGUUUAAACAGUUUGAGUCUAAACAUGAAACAGAGGAACGAAACAAGAGAUUUAGAAAAUUUACACUGGACUUGUGUCUGCAAGCAGCUUUACACCAACCACAAAACAUCUGGGAGACAGUGCAGAAAGUAACAAGAUAUUAUUAUAAAGAACAGAGUGAUUUCCUGCUGGAUCUGUACUCCCAUGUGAAGCAGUAUGAGAGUGAAACAGGCAGCAGUGUUCUUCCAGCAUUACUACCAGUUUAUCAGUCAGUUUCAUUCUGGAUCAUAAAUCUGUCAGAGAGAAAAGUGUCCCUCUUACAAGAAGUGCUGCAAUUCCAAAAACAGAAGAAAGAAGUGGAGCUAACAGACUGUACAGGUGAAGAGAGUGAAGUGAGGAAUUUUCUUCAGUGUCUGCCCUACAUCUCACAGCUCAGGUUUAAUCAGUUUGAGUCUAAACAUGGAAAGGCAGAGCAAGAAAAGAGAUUAAGAAAAUUUAAAAUGGACUUGUGUCUGCAAGCAGCUUUACACCAAACACAAAAAAACCAGCAGACAGUGAAGAAAGUAAUGACAUUAUUUGAAGAAGAUGGAAUAGUAAAAGAUUGUGAAUAUGGUGAUUAUUAUAUAGAACAGAGUGAUUUCCUGCUGGAUCUGUACUCCCAUGUGAAGCAGUAUGAGAGUAAAACAGGCAGCAGUGUUCUUCCAGCAUUACUACCAGUUUAUCAGUCAGUUCCUGAUGUCUGGUCCAUAAAUCUCUCAGAGAGAAAAGUUUCCGUACUCGAAGAAGUGCUGAAACUCCAAACACAGAAGAAACCAGUGGAGCUGAGAGACUGUACAUGUGAAGAGAGUGAAGUGAAGAGUUUUCUUCAGUGUCUGCGCUACAUCUCAGAGCUCAGGUUUGAGUCUAUAUAUGAAGAGAAAGGUCGAAAAAAGAGAUUAAGCAAAUUUAAAAUGGACUUGUAUCUGCAAGCAGCUUUACACCAACAACAAAACACCCAGCAGACAGUGGAGAAAGUAAUGACAUUAUUUGAAGAAGAUGAAAUGGAAAUAAAUGAUUAUUAUAAAGAACAGAGUGAUUUCUUGCUGGAUCUGUACUCCCAUGUGAAGCAGUAUGAGAGUAAAACAGGCAGCAGUGUUCUUCCAGCAUUACUACCUGUUUAUCAGUCAGUUCCUGAUGUCUGGUCCAUAAAUCUGUCAAAGAGAAAAGUUUCAGUAUUCCUAGAAGUGCUGAAACUCCAAACACAGAAGAAACCAGUGGAGCUGAGAGACUGUACAGAUGAAGAGAGUGAAGUGAGGAGUUUUCUUCAGUGUCUGCCCUACAUCUCAGAGCUCAGAUUUAGGUUUUAUUCAGACUCUGCAUACAUCCGGUUUUUGCUGAAUCUGAGCAUCGCAGCUGUCGACUGUCAAUCAGAUAAAGGAGAGAAUUUCACUGAGCUUCUGGCAUCAGUGUGCAGCUACAACACAUUCCCUUUUGAUGCAGAGUCUCAUGGAUUCCAAGAAAGACGGAGUGAUUUCCUGCUGGAUCUGUACUCCCAUGUGAAGCAGUAUGAGAGUAAAACAGGCAGCAGUUUUCUUCCAGCAUUACUACCAGUUUAUCAGUCAGGUCCUGAUGUCUGGUCCAUAGAUCUUUCAGAGAUAAACAUCUCCCUCCUCCUAGAAGUGCUGAAACUCCAAACACAGAAGAAACCAGUAGAGCUGAGAGACUGUACAGAUGAAGAGAGUGAAGUGAGGAGUUUCCUUCAGUGUCUGCCCUACAUCUCACAGCUCAGGUUGAAUUCAGACUCUGCAUCCAUCCGGUUUUUGCUGAAUCUGAGCAUCGCAGCUGUCGACUGUCAAUCAGAUAAAGGAGAGAAUUUCACUGAGCUUCUGGCAUCAGUGUGCAGCUACAACACAUUCCCUUUUGAUGGAGAGUCUCAUGGAUUCCAAGAAGAACAGAGUGAUUUCCUGCUGGAUCUGUACUCCCAUGUGAAGCAGUAUGAGAGUGAAACAGGCAGCAGGGUUCUUCCAGCAUUACCACCAGUUUAUCAGUCAGUUCCUGAUGUCUGGUCCAUAAAUCUCUCAAAGAGAAACAUCUCCCUCCUCCUAGAAGUGCUGAAACUCCAAACACAGAAGAAACCAGUGGAGCUGAGAGACUGUACAGAUGAAGAGAGUAAAGUGAGGAGUUUCCUUCAGUGUCUGCCCUACAUCUCACAGCUCAGGUUUUAUUCAGACUCUGCAUCCAUCUGUUUUUUGCUGAAUCUGAGCAUCGCAGCUGUCGACUGUCAAUCAGAUAAAGGAGAGAAUUUCACUGAGCUUCUGGCAUCAGUGUGCAGCUACAACACAUUCCCUUUUGAUGGAGAGUCUCAUGGAUUCCAAGAAGAACAGAGUGAUUUCCUGCUGGAUCUGUACUCCCAUGUGAAGCAGUAUGAGAGUAAAACAGGCAGCAGGGUUCUUCCAGCAUUGCUACCAGUUUAUCAGUCAGUUCCUGAUGUCUGGUCCAUAAAUCUCUCAAAGAGAAAAGUCUCCCUCCUCCUAGAAGUGCUGAAACUCCAAACACAGAAGAAACCAGUGGUGCUGAGAGACUGCACAAAUAACGAGAGUGAAGUGAGGAGUUUCCUUCAGUGUCUGCCCUACAUCUCACAGCUCAGAUGCGGUGAAAAUUUAACUGCAUGUUUAAGUAAAGCCGUUGUUGAGAAUGCAGAAGAUACAGAGUUGGUGAAGGCUUUCUUUGCUGCCACGGACUCCAUCUUCAUUAUAGAUUGGGUUUUAAGCACUCGUGAGUGCAGAGCUGUGAGAAAAGUGCUGAAAGUCUCAGAUUCUAAUCUCAAACUCACUCUGACACCCCGGGGCAUCUCUCAACGAGGACUCAGGUGUCUCUUCAGACUCAGAACACACCUUCAGAAACUCUGCCUGAGUGGACGUGUGGUACAGAGGAUGGUCCAAGCAUUUCGAGCAGUGAGAUCAGGUGUCUCAGUGGUCAUUGAUGAGCUCUGCAUGGACCUAAACAGCAUAACACUAAAUAAAACGAUCACAUAUCUGAGCAGUUUGUGUUCCCUUCUGAACAUAUGGACUGUUCACUGUGUGAACCUCAGUAAGUGUAGAAUAGAUGCUCAUUCUCUCAUCAGUCUCAUGUGUCAUCCUGGGCAUUUACAAAUCAGGUUAUCAAAAGAGACUCUCCAGCAGUUUACUGAUCUGCUGUGUGAGGUGAGGGAUGGAGAACUGACCCGCUUUUUUCUGGAGAAAACGGGAGGAGACCUGACUUCCUGUUCUCUCAGUUGGGAAAAGCUCAUCCAUUUCCUCCAGCAGCGAGUUUGCCGCAUUAACGUGAACAUCAGAAAGAGCCAAAUCGCAUAUAAUCACGUCAGACAGAUUCUUCCUCUACUGUCUGAAGUUCAGUUUAAAAGAUUGAACCCCUUGGUUUUGCUGUCAGUCAUCAGAGAGAUCUAUGAGACUCGAUCUGCUGACUGUGUGUCCGGUCUUUUAAGUUCAACACACAGCUGUAUCAACCUGAGCAAUACAGAGCUGGACUCCUACCACUCUACUGCCCUGCACUUCACUCUCCAACACUCUACAUCUGUCUGUCUGAACCUGCUGUGGACCUCCAUACAGGAGGAGGACCUGAUGAAGAUUCUUCCUCUGUUCAACAAAGUUUCUCAGCUCAGUGUUGACAGGGUCCUGCUGCUGAAGAUGCUCCACUGCUGCAGUAAAUCUGACCUCCAGAAGGGGGCAGCAACAGCAGUUUUUGCUGCUCUGAAGAACAGACUGGACUUCUCUUAUAGCACUGGUUUAGAUCUGACUACAGAAACAGAGGAUAAUGUUCUGCCUCUGAGCACUGAGGACUGCAGAGAUAUCAGCACAGCCAUCCAGAAUUCUCACCAGCUUACAGAGCUCAUUCUGAAGGACUGUCAGAUAGAAGAUGCAGCACUGGACCUGUUCUUCCCCGUUUUACAUACUGUGAGACUGCGCUGUAGUAAACCCUUGUUGCUUCAGUUCUUGGCUCUUCUUCGUGUGGUAAAUGAGUCAGAGUGUGUGAGGCAUGUUAGAUCCCUCUCUCAGGCUCUGGAUGGAGAUCUGGACCUCAGUGAGACCCCUCUGGACCUCCACACCUACAGAUCACUCGCAUUGUUUCUGGAAUUUACUGAAGGUCUUUCAGAACUGGACCUCAGCCACUGUAAGCUCUCUGAGCAUGGCCUGGAGCUGCUGUUCCCACACCUGCAUAAAACAGCUGUCCUGGACCUCAGUCACAAUGAUAUAGACGAUAAUUUAGCAGGAAGAAUCUACACAAUCGUCUCCACCAGCAGCAACAUACAGACAGUUCGACUCUUCAACAACAGAAUUACUAAUAAAGAACAUUUCCAAAAAGACAAACGCUUUGAGAUCUGGUGAUGAUUGUGGACAGUUUCCUGAUUUCACUCUUCUUCAUAAUUCAGGAAAUUAUUUGUACGAAAAAUACAAAAGAACAGACACAGUAGAACCAGAGGGGAAAGUUUGCUUCUGAUCACAAUCACUGCACCCCGCAACAUUGUAUAGCUGCAACAAAUGGACAUUUUGUGCAACCCAGAUGAGGAUGGGUUCAUCCUUCCUCUUGCCAUUGCGGUGAGUUUUUCCUGCGCCACAGUCGCCAGCGGCUCACUUAUCAGGGACAAACUUACUUAUAAAGAACAUACUAAUUUAUUAUCACCACAUGUUCUGUGUAAAGCUGCUUUUCAAUAUUCAUUGUUAAAAGCGCAAUACAAAUAAAAUAAAAUAUUUAUUUUUUCAACCAUUGCUGUUUAUUUCACUCCAUAAUUUUAAUAAAGAUUGUUUUGAAAAAAAGAAGAAGGAAAAAGUGCAAAACAGCUUAGAUUCAGUGGACAUGAAGGAAGAAAAUCUCACCACGAUA